AUGCUCGGCGUCCAAGCCCUCUCCACCGACGCAGAGGGGUACACGCACUACGUGGCGUCGCACGUCCAGACACUCGGUGUGAUACGGGGGCAGACCUACAUCGCUACGCCUACAACUCUUGCUUGUACGCAGAAGCAAUCCGCGUCGAGACUCGACGACCUCUUCCGCGCUGUCGAACCCACCGGCACCGCAGGAGGCGGUCUCGGACUUGUCGAGUACCCAGACAUAAACACUAUAACCGAAUGCGAGGGGGACAUAGACGGGAGCUCGGACGAUACCGAUAUGAUCGCCUGCUCGAUGAGACUGGAAGUCCCUGUCACACCCACACCCAGCGGCGGACCUGCGGGUGCAACCCGGACACCCACGCCCUCCAUCGGUUUGGGGGGUAUGGUUCUACUACUAGUACCUACUGGCGACAAGCAUAAAAUGCACUGA